AUGGGAAAACUCGACGGAAAAAUCGCUCUCAUCAUCGGUGCUUCUGAAGGUAUUGGUUUCACCACUACUCAGCGAUUCAUUGCCGAAGGUGCAGAACAUGUUUUCAUCACUGGACGUCGACAGCAAGUACUUGAUGAAGCGGUGAAAAAACUCGAUAACAAAAAUGUGACUGCAAUACAAGCUGACGCAUCCAAUAUGGCUGAUCUCGACAAACUCUACAGCAUCAUUCAGAAAGAGAAAGGUCGUUUGGAUGUUCUCUUUGCCAAUGCAGGUAUUUACUCAACUGCACCAUUAGGUUCGAUUACUGAACAACAUUUUGAUGAUAUGUUCAACAUUAAUGUGAAAGGAAUACUGUUUGCUGUUCAAAAAGCUUUGCCAAUAUUUGCCGAUGCUGGAUCUAUCAUUCUGAAUGGAUCUGUCAAUGCCAUCAAAGGUUUUCCGAGUACAAGUGUCUAUUCGGCUACCAAGGCGGCUCUUCGCUCCUUCGCUCGCUGCUGGACAGUCGAUUUGAAAGAGCGCAAGAUUCGAGUGAAUAUUGUGCAACCGGGACCAAUCGAUACACCGCUACUGAAACGUAUCGGAAACAGUGAAGAAGAAAACGAAAUGGUUAAAGCUCGCUUUUCAUCUACUAUUCCUAUGAAUCGCAUCGGUGCAAGUGAUGAAAUUGCAAAAUCGGUAGUUUUUCUCGCUUCCGACGACAGUAGUUAUAUUACAGGCAUCGAACUUUUUGUUGAUGGAGGCUUGGCACAGAUCUGA